AUGGCGGAUAUCAAGGGGAAAGGAAUACUUUUUGAGGACGAUGACGAACCGAUCAAACUUACAAGCCAGGAUGAUCCAAAAAUCUUUGAUGAAUUCAGCUUGUCAUUGAUAGGAAAGAUCCUUAAUCCCAAGAAACAAAACGUUGAGAAACUCCUGCAAAAAAUGCCUUCGCAUUGGGGACCGUUCCACUUCAACUUCUGCAUGUUUGUGCUGGUCCGUUGGGAACCCAUUGUCCAUGACGAUUACCCAUGGAUAAUCCCACUUUGGGUUCAUCUGAUAGGCAUCCCUUUGCACCUAUGGACUGAUCGAAAUCUGCAAAAGGUAGGUUCUAGAAUGGGACAUGUCGAUAAAGUGGAACACACUGAGGGUCGUAUGCUCAUCGAUGUGGAUACCCGCUGGCCUUUAAAGUUCUCGCGUAAGGCUGAGUCGCCGGAAGGGGAUGAGGUCAUGCUGGAAAUCAAUUUGAGAUAUGCUUCUAGCGUCAAGAAGUAUGAGGGAGAAAGCAACUAUCGAGGAUCACAUACUGAUAGGAUCAUGCGUAGACGGGAGGACCAUUCGAGGAGCGAUAGAUAUGGUGGAUCACGAAUUGGUACAUGUCCUAACAAGAUGCAAUAUGAGGUGUGA